AUGUCUAACGUACCAGAUAAUGCAAAUGAGAGCUGUCCAGGCACAGAGAGUGAGAUGGCUGGCAAAGUGAGCUCUUGUGCUGGAUGUCCGAACCAAAAGUUUUGUGCAUCUGGAGAGAAGCCAGUCGAUCCAGACGUUGAGUUCAUCAGACAACGGUUGGCUGAGGUCAAGAACAAGGUAAUCUAUAAAAAGUGUCUGCUUUAUUUGAUUUUGCAACUAUCUAUAGUGAAUUAUUAUUUGAAAGUUCAAAAUUUACUAUUUAAAAGCUUGGAAUUGAUAUAACAUGUUGAUUUAGAUUCUGAUCUUGUCAGGCAAAGGUGGCGUGGGUAAGAGCUCAGUGACCACAAACUUGGCCGUUGCUUUGGCUUCUGACCCCAAUGUUCAAGUAGGUGUAUUGGAUGUGGACAUUUGUGGUCCAUCUCAAGCUCGUCUCUUCAACGUGGAAGACGAAACCGUGCACGAUAGUGCCUCAGGCUGGUCUCCGGUAUCAGUCAAAGACAACUUGGUGGUAAUGUCGAUAGCCUUCCUACUAGAAAGCAGAUCCAAUGCUGUUGUCUGGAGAGGACCGAGGAAGAAUGCCAUGAUCAAGAAGUUCUUAAAGGACGUGGACUGGGGACAGUUGGACUAUCUGCUGAUUGACACUCCGCCAGGAACUUCAGAUGAACACAUUUCUAUCGUGCAGCUACUUCUGGAGGCUUCUAAUGUGAACGGAGCUUUGGUCGUGACUACGCCACAGGAAAUAUCACUAUUGGAUGUGCGGAAGGAGGUGGGUUACUGUAGUUUUUAAGUAGUUUGCUUUGAAUCACGCCACUUUUAUGUUAUGUUAGAUUGGAUAACUUAAGCUCGAUAUUCAAAUGACCUAACUUUGUACUCAUAAAAAUUGUAAAAUGCUGUUUUUAAUGUUGUAACAGUAGUAGUUGGACUAAUGUAACAUAUUUUAGAUAAACUUUUGCCAAAAGACCAAGCUGCCAGUGUUGGGAGUGAUCGAGAACAUGAGUACGUUCGUAUGUCCUUGUUGUCAGCACGAGACAGCCCUAUUCCCACCGACGAGUGGAGGUGCUAAGCAAAUGGCUGACGAACUAGGACUAGAACUCUUGGCUAAACUACCACAAGAUCCUAGACUAGCUGCCUCUUUGGACAACGGAGAAGAGUUUCUGGAGAAAUACCCGGAUUCUGCUGUAGCCAAGGCUUUCGGAGAUCUGGCAGAGAAGGUCAAGAAGGCUUGUGCUCAGUAA